AUGUUACAGUUCCCGGGGUUCAUGAAACAGUACCCAUGGUCAACAAGGACCAUUCCGUCGUCGUUUUUGCUGCCAACCCAAUGGCCCCAACCCCACGGCGAAGAGCUCCUCCUCGCCAUGGAGGAGUCCGAUUUCGAAGAGAAGUGUAAUGAAAUCAGAAAGAGCAGUAGCAGCCUGAUUGUGAUUGGGAAAACCACCGUUGACAAUGAUAAAGACGACUACGAGCAUGAUCCAGAUGACGAUGACAUCGACAAUGCAGAGGACUCAGAGGGCGAAGAGUUUGAGCAGGAAACUGGUUGA